CUAUGCUGCUGAUAGCAGAUCUGCUACUUCUUUCCCUUCUGGCUGUCAGAGAAGGGAAGCCUGAGUGUCAAACUUAUGGGACAAAAGAACUGUCCCAGUUUUCUAAGGAGGGAGACAUCAACAUUGGAGGCAUUUUCUCCUUCCAUCAGAACCCAGUCAGUGUCAAUCCAGCUCUCCAGGUCAACCCAGGAACGAUCCAGUGUGAAGGACUGGAUCCAGGAGAGCUUCAGUAUGCAUACACUAUGAUUUUUGCCAUAGGGGAGAUCAACAACAGCUCAGAGCUGCUGCCAGGAGUUACACUGGGUUACAGGAUCUUUGACUCCUGCCCGAGUAUCCCUUUGUCCAUCAGGGCAUCGCUAAACCUGAUGAAUAGGUAUGAGAGUGGGGAAGACAGCUGUAACAAACUCUCUAAUGUGCAUGCUGUCAUAGGGGAAACCACAUCCACCUCUACAAUAGGUAUUGCACGCACCAUGGGACCCUUUCAUAUACCUGUGAUCAGUCAUUCAGCCACUUGUGCAUGUCUUAGCAACAGAAGAGACUAUCCCUCUUUCUUCAGAACCAUACCUAAUGACAUUUACCAGAGCAAAGCCCUUGCAAAGCUUGUGAAACACUUUGGCUGGACCUGGGUAGGGGCUAUAAGAACCAAUAGUGACUAUGGGAAUGGUGGUAUGGCCACUUUCCUGGAAGCAGCAGAAGGAGAAGGUGUAUGUGUUGAGUACUCCGUGGCUAUUUACAGAACUGAUCCAAGGAAGUGGUUCUUAGAGGUGGUGGACAUUAUAAAGAAAUCCACCUCUAAGGUAAUAGUGGCAUUUGCUGAUGGCACUGACCUUGACAUACUCAUUAAGGAGCUUCAUGCUCAGAAUGUUACAGGCCUGCAGUGGGUGGGCAGUGAGGGCUGGAUCACGUAUCGCUAUAUCGCCUCUCAAGUAAACUACGCUGUGGUCCAGGGGGCAGUGGGCUUCGCAGCACUAAAUGCUCAUAUCCCUGGACUGCAAGAGUUCCUGGCUAACAGCAGGCCCUCCACCACACUGGGAAACCAGGGACUGGUGGAGUUGUGGGAGAUGGUGUUCGGCUGCACCCUGACUCCCCAAGCAGAGACUGAAGCUCAGGGUUCAGUCGCAGCCUGCACUGGGAAAGAGUCACUGUGGGACACAAACACACGCUUCACAGAUGUUUCAGAUGCCAGUUUGCUGAAUAAUGUUUACAAGGCAACAUAUGCUGUCGCUCAUGCAUUACACAUGUUGUUUACUUGUGAAGAUGGACAGGGGCCUUUUCAGAACAAUACUUGUGCUGAUAGAGAAAAGGUCCAACCAUGGCAGGUGCUGCAUUACUUAACAAAGGUCAAUUUCACUACCAAGAUUGGUGAAAAUGUGUUCUUUGAUGAGUUGGGAGACCCUGUGGCACGUUAUGCUCUCGUAAACUGGCAGAUGGAUGAGACAGGUUACAUAGUCUUUGAGACCAUUGGUUACUACGAUGCCUCUCAGCCUGAGGGUCAGCAGUUUGAGAUGAAACCAGGUGUGGGAGCCAUCUGGGCAGGCGAGAAUCUCAAAGUGCCAAGGUCUGUAUGCAGUGAGAGCUGUCUGCCAGGGACCCGCCGGGCCUUUGUCAAGGGCAAACCUAUCUGCUGUUUUGAUUGCAUCACCUGUGCUGACGGGGAGUUCAGCAACAGUACAAGUGAGACAGCAGGGUUCCUAGCCUUUACUCUAGCACUCAUCGUGUUUCUGUUGGGCAAAAUCACUGCCAGCACUUUACUGGUCUAUCUGAAGAUGUGUGUGCUCUACAGCCUAAACAUAUUUAUGCUUCCAGAUGCUGUGAAAUGUGACAAAUGCCUUCCCGAGUACAAGUCCAACAAAGAGAGGAAUAACUGUGAUCUGAAAGCGAUUGAGUUCCUCACCUUCAGGGAAUUGAUGGGUAUACUGUUGGUCACCUUCUCUGUCUUUGGUGCCUGCCUCGCGACAACUAUAGCCCUGAUAUUUUUCCACUACAGGCAGACUCCUAUUGUCAGGGCCAACAACUCUGAGCUGAGCUUCCUGCUGCUCUUCUCCUUGACUCUGUGUUUCCUGUGUUCUCUGACCUUCAUCGGUCGGCCCUCUGAAUGGUCCUGCAUGCUGCGACACACAGCAUUCGGCAUCACCUUUGUUCUCUGUAUCUCAUGUGUUCUGGGGAAAACUAUAGUGGUGUUAAUGGCCUUCAGGGCAACACUUCCUGGUAGUAAUGUGAUGAAAUGGUUUGGGCCUGCACAGCAGAGGCUCAGUGUUCUGGCUUUCACUCUCAUACAGGUUGUAAUUUGCAUACUCUGGCUGACCAUCAACCCUCCCUUUCCCUUCAAAAAUAUGAACCACUAUAAAGAAAAGAUUAUUCUUGAGUGUGCUCUGGGAUCACCUGUUGGGUUCUGGGCAGUAUUGGGAUACAUAGGACUCUUAGCUGUGUUAUGUUUUGUGCUCGCUUUUUUGGCCAGAAAGCUCCCUGAUAAUUUCAAUGAAGCUAAAUUCAUCACCUUCAGCAUGCUGAUAUUCUGUGCAGUAUGGAUCACCUUUAUUCCAGCAUAUGCCAGCUCUCCUGGGAAGUUCACAGUGGCUGUGGAGAUAUUUGCUAUUCUGGCUUCAAGCUAUGGAAUGCUGUUUUGUAUUUUUUUGCCCAAAUGCUAUAUCGUUUUAUUAAAGCCUGAGAACAAUACAAAGAAACAUUUGAUGGGUAAAGUGACCCCAAGAACCCUUUGAGUU